GCAGCACUGAUCGGUUUGCCUACUGUUUUGUUGAGCAUGUGCAAAUGCGCAAAUUGAUUUCGUGUGUUCUCGUGAAAGUUUGCCAGUUCAGUUCCGGGAUUCCUUAAUUCUUUUGAAGGAUUGGAGGAAAUAGAACGCUACUACACAAUAAAAGUACUGCAAAAUAUUGACGGAAAAUUAAAAAAUGAAAAUAGAAAUGUCAGCCGAUGGAUCGAAACAACAAAAUGAAGCUAUGGAGGAUUCAGCAUCCGAGAACUUUUCGUUGGAUGAAACUGGUGACCAUUAUAUGGUAAUCCAAGAACUUAAAAAGGAAAUAGUCAGCAAAAAUACAAAAAUCAGCAGUUUGGAAAUACAGUUGAAGCAGAAAGAAGGAAUCAUAAGUGAAAAGGACGAUUUGAUAAAGUCGUUUAAAUUGUCGAUUGAAUUAAUAAGCCAAAACAAAUACUUGCAGAUUGAAAAUACUAAUUUGAAGAAUACUCUUGACUUAACCAAAAAUCUAAGUAUUAACAAAGAGAAGGGCACUCAAAAUGACUCUUCUAAUAACCAACUUCAGGAAUUUAAUGAACUGAAGAAUAAAAUGGUUAAACUGCAGUCAAUGAUUCAAGAGAUUAAUAAUAGGCUUGUGGAAUUCGAAGAUACAUCAAAAACACAAAUUCAGAAGAUGGUUGAUAAGUUGGUUAAUUUGAACGAUGAAUCCAAAAUAACUAUGCAACACAUAGAUAAGAUCCUAAAAUUAGAAGAUAAACCAACAACAUGCGAGAUGUCGAACAGACAAAAUAAUAAUGAAACCAUAUUACUAAACCAUUCUAAGGAACACCACAUAACAUAUGUAAAAGGAACAGGGAUUGCCCCAUUUACCGCCGUUUUUGAGGAUAUUCCUUUUGCGGGUUCCGGUUGGAUGGUCAUUCAACGUCGAUUCGAUGGUAAAGUAGAUUUCAAUGUAACAGAUAAAACAAGAUACGAAAAUGGAUUUGGAGAUAUUAAUGGAGAUUUUUGGAUUGGUAUCGAGACAAUUCAUCAGUUAACCACCAGUCACAGGCAGGAGUUAUAUGUUCAACUUGUUGACUUUGAUGACGUAACUGCAUACGCCAGAUAUGAUAACUUUUGUGUUGGGGACAAAGAAUCCAACUACAAGUUAAAGUCGUUAGGUAAUUAUUCGGGAAACGCUGGCGAUGCUUUGCGUGCUCAUGAGAAACAAAUUUUUCAAAUGUUGUGGUAUACAGAUAAAUCAUUAUAUUUCUGGUGGAGUGCCGAUAAACAUCAGUGUGACUUAAAUGGCCAGUUCAGUACCACUAAACAAGUUUUGGAGGGCGUUGUUGCAGACGGCAUUUGGUGGGGUAACUGGUAUCUGGGAAAUAAACGAUUUACUCUUAAAUCCUGCAAAAUGUUAAUAAGACCCAAAUUAUGUAAUGAAUAAUUUACGAAAGUUUUGAAGCAUCUGAGACUGAAGAUAGAGCAAUAGAGCGUUUUUUCUUUGUCAUUUUCUAAGAUUCCAAUAAUAUAAUUUAACACAGUAGUAGUACGUUCUGACACUAAAUUUGCAGGUGUAAUUUCUGCGUCCCUAUGCUGAAUUUUAGAGAUUUCAUUAUUUAGUUGGUUAGUUAAUAGAAACAUACCAUUGCAUUCAAAAAUGGUUGUGCCCGCUAUUCUGUGAGCUUGGUUUUUGUUUGUUUUCCUUUUUAAAUAAGUAUGUUCUCUUCAAAAAACGUUUUCUU